CCUCGCUCCCACUCAUCUCUCCUCACCACUCUCCGAAGAACACAACGAGCCGCGCCACCGAUCAUGGCGGCUUGUCGCCGGAGCAGACCCACCGCCUCCCUCCUCCUCAUGUCCCUCUUACUCUCCUCACCCAUCGUCCUCGUCUCCGGCGGCCUCCCAGCAAAGGAAGCCUGCUUGAAAUCCCCGGACCCAGCCUUCUGCGCCAAGUUCCUGGCAUCAAUCCCAGACUCCAAAUCCGCCCCGGACGCGCGCGGGCUGGCCGAGCUCGCGAUCCGGGCGGCAGCCAAGGCCGGCGCCGAGAUGGGCUCCUCGGCGCGGGCGAAGCUUGACGCGGUCACCGUGAAGGGGCCCGAGUGGCUGUGCAUGGACGCCUGCGUCGCCGACGUCGAGGAGGCCGUCUCCCGCCUCGACGUCGACAAGGGCAAAAAGUCCAGCAAGUCCAAGGCCAUGGGGGACGCCAAGUUCGAAGAUGCGCGGGACUACGUGGAGACGGCGGAGAGUGAUGGGUUAACCUUCAACUGUGAUCUGUGCCGUGGGGGCCUGCCGGCACCCGUGCAGACGGGGCUGCUGCCCAAGGAUAACGAGUUUCAGAAGAUCAUGGGGGUUCUUGGUGCGCUGCUUAAGCUCGUCCCCGGCGGGGGCGAUGGGCCGUCGCCGGCGCCGGCACCGGGGCCGGAACCGGAACUUGGGCCCUCGUCGGGGCCGGCACCGGCACCGGCGCCCUCGUCGGAAUCGGAUUGA